AUGCCGCGCGGCGGGGAAGGCCACUUCCGGGAGCCGUCGCGGCGUCGGCCGUUGCCACGACGACGGUCGAAACAGUCGGCCAAUGGAAGCCGGGCGGGCCAGAGCUCCCGGCGUGCUGCGCGGCUGCGACGCGGGCCCGGGCGGCCUGCGGGCAGUGGGGGCUCAAUGGCACGGGAGGUGUGGUCCGUCCUGCUGUUCGUGCUCUGGGCGUUGGCGGCUCCGGUUCGGCCCGCCGCCGAGGAGACAGGUGACGGGGGCUUGAGCGGGCCGGGGUCGACCGCAGCAGAGAAGCGCUGCACCGCGGAGCGCCGCGCCGACCUCACCCAUGCCGAGUUCGCUCAGCGCUACGCCUUCCUCAGACCCGUCAUCCUGCGGGGACUCACGGACAACUUGUGGUUUCGGACCCUGUGCUCCCGCGAAAGGCUGCUGGCCUCAUUUGGGCACAGCGUGGUCCGGUUGAGCACUGCCAACACCUCCUCCUACCAGAAAGUGGGUAUGCCCUUCCAGGAGUACGUAGAGCAGCUACUGUACCCCCAGGACCCCACCUCUCUGGGCAAGGUGCUGUUGUCAGGAUUGGGGUGCUCUGGGGGUGGGGGUGGGGGUGGGGAUGGGUUAGGCUGGCCACCAGCUGGCCUGGGGGUGGCUUUCCGCUGGCAUGGGCCUGGGUACUCAGAGGUGAUCUGUGGUUGUAAGGUGCUGUACUUUCCCGACCUUUGGUGGCAUGCUACACUCAAUCGUGUCAUGAGUGUCUUCAUCUCCACGUUCCUUGGCUAG